AUGCAAUUCUCAUCAGAACAGUUUGUCAAUAGAUUGAAUACGCUGGAAGAUUCUCAAGAGUCAAUUGCAAAUGGUUCGAAAUGGUUACUAUCACAAUAUAAAUACACAGAUGAUAUUAUGACAGUUUGGCAAGAUUAUAUGUUAAAUAAAAAUAAUAAUACAAGAAGAAAGUUGAUGAGUGUUUAUUUAAUAAAUCAUGUGGUUCAAGAAUCAAAACGUAAGAAAAUUGUUAAUUUUUAUGGUAAUGACAAAUUUGGUAGUUCUGUUAUAAAUGUCAUUAACAAGAUAUAUUUUACAUUACCAAGCGAUUUAAAGAAAAAAGUCAAGAGAGUCUUAACAAUUUGGAAAGAUAGAAAAAUUUUUAGCAAUGUGGUUCUUCAAGAUAUUGAUUCUUCAAUUUUCCAAGAGUCUGAAGAGGUCCCAAAUAAAACUGGGAAACAAACUUCCUCCAUUGACAGUACAAGUGAAUCGUCUAAGAACAAGUUUGAGCAGACUCUCUCUGCAAAUUUAAGAGAAUUGGCAUCUAAGGAAACAGAAUUAGUGAAAACUACUCAAAGUGUUAAUGCAUCAUAUUUGAGAUUCAAAGAUAUUAUGAAGACGAAUUCCCGUGAUAACUUAAAUGCUAUAGGUGACUCCACUAAACUUUUAAUCGAGAGCAACAUAACUAUUAGAACGCUGAAAAGAGAUAUUUUAAAUAAGUUGUUGGAGGAAAACGAUAAAUUAAUCGAGGAUGAACAAAAUUUAUUGGGUGAAAUUGAUAUGAUUUUGCACUCUAACACAAUUUCUAACGAUCAAAAUUAUAACAAUGACAACGAUGACGUAUUACCAACCUAUGAAGAUAAUAAAGAUGAAAGUGACAGUGAUAGCGACAUCAGCACCGAUGGGAAAGGCAAUGGUGGAGACAAGAUUACGUCCAACGAAUCUACUAUGCAAAAGAGAACAAGUGAGUUAUCUGCAACGGAUGAUUCAGAAAUAGAUACACAAAGAAAAAACCAAAAAGCUCAAAUGAAUCUACUGAGCAUAUUACGGGAAAUGGACCGGAUAACAGUGGUAGUUUCGAGGGUAAUGAUAAUGCUGAUACAUCAAACGACAAUCAAGAUACUGUCACGUCGAGUAUUCAAGAUUUACUAA